AUGCUUUUUCAGUUGUCUUUCGACGAGUUCAGAUACAUUUUUGAUGUAUGGGAGGGUCCGCCAGGUGAAAGUCUUACAGAGGAAGAACAAUUUACAAUUCGCAACAGUACGGUACAGGCCUUGAAGAACAGAAAGAAGUUCUCAACUUUGUCUGGCGAUGAAAAGAAAGCCCUAAAUUCACUUAAAGCUGAUGAAAACAUCAUCAUUCUGCCCGCUGACAAAGGAGGCUCCACCACCAUAAUGAACAAGACGGAUUACACAGAGAAGAUGAUGACACUAUUAAAAGACGAAUCCACCUACGAACCCCUAGAUGCUGACCCCACAAAAUCGGAGAAUUCAUGCAUCGAGAAAACACUAAAGCGCCUUACAGGAAAGAAAUUAAUCUCAGGAGUUCUGGCUAAAUCCUUAAAACAAGACGAACCCACAAUUGCCAAAAUAUAUGGACUUCCUAAAGUUCACAAAGUAGGUAUUCCACUGCGACCGAUAGUCUCCCUAAUCGGUGCACCAAACUACAAGAUUUCUAAGUGGUUAUUUCACCAUCUGCAUCCACUUACAAAGGACUCUGAGAACUCCAUUGAAGAUUCAAAUGAGUUCCUAGACAAAUUAAAAGGAGUAAGUGUUGCUACCGACGAGCUAAUGGUUUCAUUCGAUGUAGUCUCCCUCUUCACCUCGAUUCCAUUAGAUUUAGCGAGACACUGCACCGAAAAACUCCUUCAGACCUACACCACUGAUGUGCCUGCCGAUGCUCUACUCCAACUACUUGAUGUUUGUCUAGAAACCAACUUUUCUUUCGCCAACCAAUGUUAUCGGCAACUGAAAGGUGCUCCUAUGUGUUCGCCUAUAUCUGGCUUUCUAGCAGAAGCCAUAAUGCAGAAACUGGAGUCUAUAGCCCUUCCAAAAAAUUAUCCAAAACUAUGGCUAUGCUAUGUUGAUUAAACAUUUGCCAUUGUCAAGAGAAACUUGUUUGACACGGUUAAAUAGUUAACUGUUUUUGUACAUUGCCCAAAAGUCUGACGACGAGCUGGGGAACCAGACUCGUUAAGUUUAGUCCCUCUGCCAUAAUUUAAAGGUUUCCGUAAGGGUUACAUAUAAGGCCACUUGGCAGGACUCAGGAGUGAUAAAGUCCAGUCGUUAUUUAAAAAGUUCUAUCAGGCGAUUGGCAAAGAGGAUGUUUCGGGGCAAUUUAAGCUUAUUUGCCAUUCUUAUUGGACAGAAAAAUAACCAUGGACUCGGGGAAUUGAAAGUGCAACUGAGGUUUUUACAGAUUAAGGUUAAUAAACUUUUGGGCUUUUAGCUAAUACCUGUGUUGUUAGUACGGUAAAAUCAUUGCACAAUUAUAUACUACUGGGUUCCUGUUGGCAGUUUUUGAAUAUAAAGCGAUUAUUCCGCAGUAGCUGAUGGUUUUCAGCUCAAAUAUUCAUAUCAAAAUUUGGAGCGUGCCUGGAAAGGCCCGUUUCGCAAGAUUUACUCCAAGUUCGCGCAUUAAUUUCCACGGAAAUUAAACACGGCAAGUUAAAAGUGGAGUUCUUACAGCAGAAAACACACAGGAAAGCUGGGGGACCCACUGACGAGCUGAACCCCUCGCAGCUGCGUCAGACAGCGGCAUAAGCUCGGCGAAACACGCGUGUCUGGGCUUUUAGCUAAUACCUGUGUUCUUAGUACGGUAAAAUCAUUGCACAUUUCCAAGGUUAAUAAUAUUUGAUUUAUACGGAUUUUGGACACAAGCGGGUAGUCAGCAGUCACUUACUUAGGGAAUCGCUUUCUACUCUUUGCUCACUGAGUAAAAAAUGCCAACUUGCAGAUAUUUGAACAAGUAGAUUAUCCAAGGGGCGUGAAACUUCUGGGCAUGAUUUUGGAUCUAUUUUUUUCUUCGUGCACCGAAAAAAAACAAGAUAUUUGCAUAGUUUUUCAAAAACCGCAGUUAGGCAGCACUUUCUUUACCGAACAUUUGUAAGAAAACAAAUAGUAUUUAACCUGAAGGGAAAAACGUCAUUUUUUGCAAAAGUUAAAGGAGAGAGGUUAAUUAGAUUUUGGAUGCAGGACAUGAAAAAGCAGUUGUUUAAGAUAUGGUCUGAAAAACGGUCAGACGUAUCUUAUUACCUCUUAGACAUCAUUUCCAACGCAUAACUUUGUAAACAGCUGUUGUUUUGGUUGUUUACUGAGACGAUUCACCAAGAUCUACGGUGUUAGAAACUAUGUGCUUGGAAUAUGUGGGAUGUUUUACAAUGCAACGCAUAGUGCAAGCACGAAAGGCGGUCGCGGGAGCCCGGUGGCGUGCGAUUAAUGUACCACGCUGUCCUAAACUGAAACCCAACUCUUAACUUCGACCUUCCGAAUCUCUAUGUUGCCAAAGGAAAUAACAUGACAAACAAAUGAAGGUAGGCGGUGUGUUUCCACAUACGGUAGCCCUCUCCCUAACAUAAAGCAAUCAUGCGGAAGGAGCGACAGUGAUCCCAUUAGACUGACACAAUUAAUUCAAGUCAUCUACCCGCUAAACAAAUUCAUGAUCCAUAGCGGGGUUCGAGAGCUGCCUGGGAUAACUUUACAGCAUUAUUUUGAUGAGGCACUCCCUACCCUCACCCCGGCGGGUAGGGACUAAGAAAGGUGUCUUAAGCGUAUCCCGGUGGCUGUGACUUGUGAACGAAUAAAACAAAACCCACGUUUCGCUGCCUUCUUUCAGACUGGCUGAGUGGUAUGCAUCGCAGUGGUUGUACCUCUUCGGGUCCGCAAACCUUCUCCUCAACCCAUAACUUCCUUCACAGACCGUGGCCACCACCAGUAACCCCGCUGAAGAAAACUCUUUCACCCACACUCCGAUAUUCCUUCUCACCACAACAGAUGUCAAUCUAGUCCCAACCUUCCCCCUUUACGAUAGCACCUUCACACUGCAGAUCGGCCUGGUCAUUCGCUCGUAA